CACCAUCCAAUUUAAAUCUGCUGCGUGAUAUGUUGUUUAAACUAUGAUUGUAAUCCUGAGAGCAAAAUGGCGAUCAACAAGUGUACAUGAAACGAGCCUCCAGUGAACAUUCUGCAGAAACACUCUCCCAGCUCUCUUAUUAAAACGUCCAUAAAUGAAUAACUGUUCAUUCAGAUUUUGAAUACAAAAAAAGAAUAAAAAAUAAUAUUUUGCAUUUUUAAGUAUUUUUAAAGGUUUGACUCCUACAUGGAAACUGACUGUUGAUUGUGUUUGCAGAUUUCUCACCCCUGUCUUGUCUGACGACUGUAACGGCGUCCCUCACCUCAAGACCGUAUACCACUCCAUGCUGUUGAAGAGCAAAUCUCAGUCGGCCUCAUGUCCUCCGUCGUAGCUCCAGAGAUAAACUCUCCAAACACAAUGGGUCCCAAGGAGGUGGAGCUGAUCCUUGUGAAGGAACAAAAUGGGGUCCAGUUCACAUCGACCACCUUAGUGGCUCCCACUCCAACUCAGAUCACCCUGGCUGGGGAGGAAGAGCGAGAGACCUGGGGAAAGAAAAUCGACUUCCUCUUGUCUGUCAUUGGGUUCGCGGUGGACCUCGCCAACGUCUGGAGGUUUCCCUACCUCUGCUACAAGAACGGAGGGGGUGCGUUCCUGGUGCCUUACCUCUUCUUCAUGGUGAUAGCAGGCAUGCCGCUCUUCUAUAUGGAGCUGGCCCUGGGACAGUACAAUAGAGAGGGCGCUGCAGGGGUGUGGAAGAUCUGUCCUAUAUUUAAAGGUGUGGGCUUCACUGUCAUCCUCAUUUCUCUCUACGUCGGUUUCUACUACAACGUCAUCAUCUCCUGGGCGCUGUUUUACCUGUUCUCCUCCUUCACUCAUGAGUUACCCUGGGUGCACUGCAACAACAGCUGGAACAGUCCCAACUGUUCAGUCUGGGCUGACAACAGUUCAGUCAGUGACAUCUACAAGGCCACACCUGCUCAGGAGUACUUUGAUCGAGGGGUUCUCCACAUCCAGGAGAGUAACGGUAUUGACAACAUCGGUCCCCCCCGCUGGCAGUUGACUUGCUGUCUGGCUGUCGUGAUUGUUCUCCUCUACUUCAGUCUCUGGAAAGGAGUCAAGACCUCUGGCAAGGUUGUGUGGAUCACAGCCACCAUGCCCUACGUUGUCCUGACUGUGCUGCUGAUCCGGGGAGUCACUCUGCCUGGAGCCAUCGAUGGCAUUAAAGCUUACCUCUCUGUGGACUUCCUGAGACUCUGUGAAGCCCAGGUCUGGAUAGAAGCAGCGACGCAGAUCUGUUUCUCUCUGGGAGUGGGGUUUGGUGUGCUAAUUGCCUUCUCCAGCUACAACAAAUUCAGCAACAACUGUUACAGAGAUGCCAUCAUCACCACCUCCAUCAACUCCUUAACCAGCUUCUUUUCCGGCUUUGUGGUUUUCUCCUUCCUUGGAUACAUGUCCUUUAAACACAAGGUGCCCCUGGACAAAGUGGCCAGAGACGGUGCCGGGCUGGUAUUUGUCAUUUACCCAGAAGCAAUUGCAACACUACCUGGGUCGUCAGUGUGGGCAGUCAUCUUUUUCAUCAUGUUACUGACCCUGGGCAUUGACAGUGCUAUGGGUGGCAUGGAGUCAGUGAUCACCGGACUGAUUGAUGAAUUUAAACUGCUCCACAAGCACAGAGAACUCUUUACCCUCUUCAUUGUGGUGGCCACUUUCCUCAUAUCUCUGUUCUGUGUUACAAAUGGAGGGAUGUAUGUGUUUACUCUGCUGGACCACUUUGCAGCAGGGACAUCAAUUCUCUUUGGAGUGCUUAUUGAAGCCAUCGGCAUCGCGUGGUUCUACGGAGUCGAUCGCUUCAGUGAUGAUAUCGAAGAGAUGAUUGGCCACCGGCCCGGCAGAUACUGGAGGCUGUGCUGGAAGUUUGUCAGCCCCUGCUUCCUUCUGUACAUGGUGGUGGUGAGCUUUACCAAGUUCAACCCUCCAAAAUAUGGCACCUACGUGUUUCCUCCCUGGGCUAACACAGUGGGGUGGUGUCUGGCCAUGUCGUCCAUGGCCAUGGUGCCUCUGUAUGCCAUCUACAAACUCUGCAUACUGCCGGGAAAGUUCUGCAAUAGGCUGGCUUACGCCAUCACCCCAGAGACUGAGCACCAUUUGGUAGACAACGGGGAGGUUCGACAGUUCACUCUUCAUCACUGGUUGGUGGUCUGAGAGCUAAAGAGAAACAAAGAUUGGUAGGUGGGGGGGAGAGAGAGUAGGUAGGGAGUUAAAAAAAAAAAAGAAUAUUUGAUGACUGGUGCACAAGCAGCCAAGGCCCGGGGAACUAAAAAAAAAAAAAAAAAAAGCAGAAAAAUAGCCAUUCAACUCCAUGACUGUAGCAGAGGUACAGUUUAAAAAGUGUAGUGUUCUUUCUUUCCACGGUGGCUGUGUGAAGCUGUGCACUGUUAUGUUGACACUGGUGAAUGGGAUUCAGUCAAACAGGUCACACAGGUGCUCAGCUUUUUAUUGUUUUUAUAACCAUAAGAUAAAAUGUGCAACAUGUAGCCAACCUUCACUCUGAACCUGUCACAGUGUAACUAAACUAAACUUUAGGUGUUCUUGCUGAUUUUAUUGCAAUGUUGAUUGAAGUUCAAAGGUCACGGUUAGAGUAAAUCUCAAUAAUGAAUGUUAAGAGGCGCUACAUACAUCAAUGCAGGGAAAUUACACUUACAUUUAAUCAGUGGGAAGACGCAAAAUGUUGGUAGACACAUUUAGUACAACAGACAAACAUGAACCAGUUUCACUGAAUUCCACUCCAGUCACAGAUAUGUCAUUAUUCACAGGGACUUUCUCUCUUAAAGACUGUUAAAAUAUUACGUAAUGGCAGACCUCGCAAAAAGAAAUGUUUACAUCCAAAUAGUUCACAGCAUAGACCAACCAGUUUAUCAGUAGACCAAAAUGACAUCAUCGGAGUCGGCGUAUCUCUAUAAGGCAGGGGUGUCAAACAUAUGGCCCGCGGGCCAAAAAUCGGCCUGCUAGGUGGUUCAAUCCGGCCCGAUUGAUGAAUUUUGAAUGUAAAAAAAUGCACAAACACUUCACGUCCUAUUCUUUUUCAAUUAUAUUUCAUUAACUAUGAAUAUUUUCUAAUAUACCUAUAUUUCAGCCUACCUAUAUUUUUGCAUGAAAACAACUUAGAAAAUUAUGGACUUAUUGUUACUUAUAGGUAAUUUUUGAUAUACUUGUACUGGUCCGGCCCACUUGACAUCUAAUCAGGCUGUAUGUGGCCCCUGAACCAAAAUGAGUUUGACAUCCCUGCUCUUAGGGAACACAGUCUGGAUCUGUCUGUUACUUUCACAAGCACAAAGGAAUCCUCCAGAAACAAACAAAAUCGAUGGUCUGAUAUUGAAGUCUCAUCCUCUCACUGCGUUCCUCCUGAUAGUUUUCUUGGCUGGACGUGGAACAGGGCACACACUCUCACACACACACACGUACGUCACUAUCAGGUAUUGAUUUAAAUGAAGCUCACACUGUCACAUUUAUUUUUCACUUCACCAAGCAUAAAGCUUUAACUUUACUGUUUACAGAACCACUUUUACCAGACUGUUUAAGAAGCUGCUUUUAUUGAGCUGCAUUGAAUAGCGUGUAGUGUAAGAUGACGUUGCAUCAGUUUUACAAGUAUAUCUGUCUGUAUCCUAUUGUAAUGUAAGAUUUUAAAUGACAAAAUCAAAAAAAUUAUGACUAAAAAUCUCUCUUUUUUUCAGUCACUAGGGAAAGUAGACUUUAAAAUGAUGUUGAUAAAAGCCUUAAGCUGAUUGUUAUUAUUAUUAUUGCAUCAGAGGCGGUUCAGACCAGUCACCAGUGACUGGCACUCACAUGUGACAAACUCAAGAGUAUAUUUUAUUUCCAAACUGUAUGCCUGUGCUACUGUAACGUGCCUUGUGGUGUUUCCGACCGUAUAAGACUUUGGUUUGUACUGUCAAAUAAAGUCAAGUUCAUUUAAUUAUAACAUUUUAUGUCACAGUUUUGUUUUAAAAAUUAAGCAGAUUUACACUGGUUGACAUUAACAAAGUGUUUUAAAUCGUGAUGUGUGCUGCAGUCAUAACCCCAUGAGGAGAAGACUGCCUGUAAUUGUUGUCUUCUCAGAUUGGUCAGCAUGACCCUGAGUCAACCUGGUUCAUUACAGUAACCAUGGAGUCAAAACAUACUGAUCCAAAAAUCACACCCUGACAGGAGCGACCCACAUCCACAGCAAACAACAUUUGAGGAAGAUUACCACCUGAUGAUAUUGAUCAGUGUGAUCAAAUCAAUGGGUGGUCUGACCAACACACUUCAGCUAGACCAUUAUGUGGCCUUUACACUAUUGACUCAUUGCAAGAGCAACAUUUCAAAUUAAAUUCAGAACAAAACAAAAUGUGAAUUAAUGUCAAUGUUGACAAAUGUCAAC